UGCACAGCUGGGGACGUGCUAGAACGGCGGCACAGGGACUGGGAACAUGCUGGGGGUGACUGAGCACAAGCCAGCAGCGCAGAGGGGGUGAAUGAGUGCAGACUGGAAACGGCAAGGAUGGCUGAGGCCAGACUGGUAACUAACGGGAGUGGCGGCUAUGAUCUGGAGCAAUUUGUGGAGGUGCCCGACCCCGACCUGAUCUGCACAAUAUGCCAUGGAGUAAUGAGGUGCCCAGUACGAAUCGUGUGCAAGCACAUUUUCUGCAAGAGAUGUAUUCUGCAGUGGCUGAGAAGACAUGAGAGCUGCCCCUACUGCAGAAAGCCUGUCCACAAGGAGAUGGUGCUUGUGAUGUAUCGGCUGUGCAGGUCCAUCAGUCGGCUUCAGAUCAAGUGUAAGAAUUACAUCCAUGGCUGUCUGGCCACAUUUCCCCUGGCAGAGCAGUGCAAACACCUGACCUCCUGUGACUUUGAAGUGACUGGCUGUACCAACGAGGGCUGUGAAGUUGAGGUCUUAAGAAAAGACCUGGCAGCACACGUCCAAAGCUGUGAGUUCUGGAGGAGGCCAUGCAGCAUGGGCUGUGGAGAGAUUCUAACCCACCAAACCCUGUCCCAUCACAACUGCUACCGGGCGUUAAAGCGUGAGUUUGAUGCCCAGCAGAGGACCCAUAAAGCCAUUGCAGCAAAGCUGAAGAAGAAGAUGAAAAAGAUGCAGACCACCAUGUUGCAAAUGAAGAGACAGAUCAGCCUCAUCUGCGAGAGCUUGGAGGUGAUGGACCAGCAGGAGGAUGAAGAGGAGGAGGAAGAUGAAAACACAGAGAGCAGUGGGAACAGCAGCAGCAGUGGAGAAACUACUGGAAUGGCCUGACCUGCACCUUGGACAUGUUGUAGCAUCUCACAUCC